CUCCGUCCCACACGUCGCAACGGAAAAGUGGUGGGAGACCGAGGCAACGCAUCCGGAAAGCUAUGGAUUAAGGGAAUCAAGACUCCAAAAAAAGAAUUCUACUUUGUGACUAAGAUAUGCCUGGAUAACAUCCGUAUGGCGCGCUUCUUCCUCGCUUCCGACCCAGCGAUUGAGCAGUAUUUCGCGAUGCUAGACUCUGCAGCGAGUUCGGCGUAUCAUAAAGACGAAGAGGACGCGUGGGAGUACGCGUGUCGCGAAGGCAUCCGCUCCAGCCACGGCCACUUUUUCCGAGACUUUGAGCCGAGAGCGUUUGAGUCGACUCGAAAGCUGCACCGAGAAGGGAUUCGGUCCAGCCAUGGCGGCUCCUAUUUCCGCGACAUUGAGUGGAAACCCGCCCCGAUAGCCGAUCGAACCUCAGAGUCGGCGCACGGCGGCAUGCGCCCCCAUAGGGAAUCCGCGCGCAAACGCUGGGCCGGCGAAAGCUUCGCACUCGCGGGCUCCGGCACGACAAGCCGCGGCGGCACCAGGAGACGCCCCCUGCAGGCAUAUGGAGCCGCCAUUUUUCGAGUUUCUGAGGCCUCCGAGGUCUCGAGUGACAGCCGCAGCGGCAGCGCCGAGCCUUCCUAUCUGGCCAAUCAAUCAUCGACUGCAGGUUUUACUGGCACCGCGGAACCUUCGUCUGCCAGACGAUCAAUCACCUGCACCGCUCCGCCGGCUGCUGGUAUCAGUCAGGCAACGGGUAGCCAUCAGGAUUCACCCAAGAGCCCGUUGCUGUUCGUGGCCGGUCGUUCUCCCUCUGAAUCGUCUACUGCUAGCAGCAGCGAAUCCACUCCCAGCGAGUUGUCCUCCGUUGGGAGAAUGGCCACAGCUGGUACGGAGUUCAAGGGCAGGAUAAAGGCGGGAGAUUGCGCAGUGAAGGUGCUAGGCGGAGCGAAUCCCGCAGCUGUUGAGCUUUACUUCAAGCGUAAGGCGCACGAGAGAGCGCGCGCUGUUGGUCAACCUGCGAGUGUUCUUACCGCUGUUAGCGGCAGCUGA